AGCACACAAAGAAACACACACACACACAACACUACCGUUUCAUCAGUGCGAUGGCAUCCAACAAGUCCAUUGCGCUCCUCGUCCUUGCCUUGGCACUCAUGUUAACGGUUUCAGUGCAUGGACAGUUAUCGUCGCCGACGCCUGCACCAACUCCUGCUGCUGCAGCCCCAACGCCUACACCGACACCAUCACCAUCCCCUGCACCAGCACCAGCACCGACGACAACACCUGCUCCGGCACCAUCCCAAAACCGAUGUCCCCCUGGCUUCCCUAACCUAAUCUCCUUAAUUGAAGGCAUUAAGACGUUCCUUCAACAGGGCAUUACUCUUGUCCCCGUUCCAUUACCUGUGACGAACCAACAAGGCAACAACAACAGCAGCCGCAUAUGCUUGUGCUAUCCCUCUACUACAACAGUGUUUGGCACUCGCAACAUCAAAGGUCCCUACAAAUGCGUUCCUGCAGGCCCUCCCUUUAUCUGAACGCGCGUAUAUGCAACCAUGCAGAAAUGUGCGCCGUGGAUGUAUGGCUUAGAGCCUUAUAUGAAUAAGUGCAUGUGCGGUCUCUGUGUGUGUGGAGGUUGACUAAUUCCAUGCAUGCAUCUGUUUAAUUUGCAGUGUGUGUGCAUGCUGCUGUUGUUGUACCUGUGUCCUCAAAAUAUAUAUCAAUAUACUUAUUAUACAUACCGGAAAA